AUGGUAAGCGGGAAUGCGCAUAAGGUGUACACGAGAGUUAUUAAUAUCGAUGACAAAUCUUUGGUACCUGAUGGUUGGCCGUUAACUCUGGCUGGUACCGGGCUGGUGUUACAGCUUGGAGAACUCGAAGCUUCCGCUCUGAGACACGGGGAAUGUUAUCUCUGCGUGCGAAGCAGUCGUCCAAGUGGUGGGGACACCGGGAACAGCAGCAGUGUCGUCGUCGUCAACAACGAGACUACUAAGAAUAACGAGGGCCAGCUGGAAAGGAUCAUCGAUAUCGUCGAGAUUGCAUUAAUUUGGAGAUCGUCGAUGCGCUCCCCGGGAAUCCUCGGUUGGGAGCGCGAAGACGACUAUAUGGACUGGCGAGAGGCUAAAGAGCAUAAUCACAGUCAUAACCACCAUCAACCAACUGGUUCACCAUCAACACGUCAUAGACGUAAAUCCAAAGAAGAAUUAUCUUUGAGAAAAGAAUUUAAAGAUUCUUCUCCAACUUCAGUAUCUGCUUCUUCAGCCUCUGGAUCUGUUCCUGCGUCAGCACCACAACAUUAUCAUCCUCAUUAUAAUAAUUACCAUAAUUCCAAUGUGUUUUCGCCUUUACGAGUUCCUACGGAACAUCCUGCUGAAGAGCAAGAACGAGAAGAAGAAGAAGAACUCCUCCCAAAGCUCCCGGCAAUGAGGCUAGAUCAACGACACACUAAUCGGCAUAAAGAAGAAGCUAAGAUUGCAAUAGACCAUUUAAUACGACCCAGUUGUCUCGAGUCAAUAAUUAAUAACCGGCAUCAACAAUUAUCGGUAGAUGAUAAUUGUUCACGUGAAAUAAUAAAUAAUAAUGAAGAAGAAUUAGGCAAUCUUAUAAGCACAUUGCUGGUAACUGUUGAACGUAAAAUCGAACGAGUUAAUCUCGACGAUCUUGUGUUUCCUUGUCCUGCGUGUCGAAAUAUUGAUACGGAUGAUCCGCUACUGGGCUGUAAGUGUGCUGGCCCAGAAGAAUGUACCAACGAGCACGGUGAUAAUGAAACGUGUCAUUGUGGUGACAUUGUUGAUAAUUGUCACAGCUUUGAAGUUGCCGGAAUAAAGCACAUUGACAGUGAUGAUGAGGAAGAAGUGCGGAUGGGCUUUGGUGCGAAAAGACGUACUGAAGCUGAAGUAUCAACUCCAAGGAGUAUUCAUGAUUUACCAGAACGUGUUCUCAACUGUCUACGGUUACCAGGAUAUGCGGACGAUGUUACUGGGAGACUUGUACUUGAGUUUGAAAAUGUCUGUGCCAAUGGUAAAGAGAAGAUAUGUCCUAGGGAAAUAGCCUCUUAUUUACUCUAUCUUUCACGACUUCACAGCUCCGAUCGUACCAAGAAUGGAUGGACGCUAGUGAUUCGCGGUGGCAAUCAUGACGACUUUGAUAUCCUAGAUCGUGCGCUAGUGUUGAUACAGGGUAGAGUAAAUGUUCGACAAGCUCUUCUAUUGCAAAACCAGUGCCUCGACUCU